ACCUCUUCCGGUCUGUCCUUCCAGUUUUUUUCCGCGCCUGUUUCCUGUGCUCUCGUGGAGAGGCGCGCGCCGGGCACCGCGUCUGCGGCCACCGGAGGCCUGGCGAGGGCCUGCGCUGGUGCGAGCGCGGCGGCGGGAGCAUGGAGGGCGCCCCGGAAGGGGAGGCGCCGGCGGCGGCGCUGGCCGCGGUGCUGAAGCACAGCUCGGCGCUGCCGCCCGAGAGCGCCCAGGUCCGCGGCUACGACUUCAACCGCGGCGUGGACUACCGCGCGGUGCUGGAAGCCUUCGGCACCACCGGCUUCCAGGCUACCAACUUCGGCCGCGCGGUGCAUCAGAUCAACGCCAUGAUAGAGAAGAAGCUGGAGCCUCUGCCGCAGGAUGAAGACCAGCACGAAGACCUGACCCAGAGCCGCCGCCCACUCACUGGCUGCACCAUUUUCCUGGGCUACACGUCCAACCUCAUCAGUUCAGGCAUCCGUGAGACCAUCCGUUAUCUGGUACAGCACAACAUGGUGGAUGUCUUGGUUACCACGGCUGGGGGCGUGGAGGAGGAUCUCAUCAAGUGCCUGGCACCCACAUACCUGGGCGAGUUCAGCCUCAGGGGGAAGGAGCUACGCGAGAACGGGAUUAACAGGAUUGGGAACCUGCUGGUGCCCAAUGACAAUUACUGCAAGUUUGAGGACUGGCUGAUGCCCAUUCUGGACCAGAUGGUGCUGGAGCAGAACACAGAGGGUGUGAAGUGGACGCCUUCCAAGAUGAUUGCCCGCCUCGGCAAGGAGAUCAACAACCCGGAGUCGGUGUAUUACUGGGCCCAGAAGAACCACAUCCCCGUAUUGAGCCCGGCCCUCACAGACGGCUCGCUGGGCGACAUGAUCUUUUUCCAUUCCUACAAGAACCCGGGCCUGGUCUUGGACAUCGUGGAGGACCUGAGGCUCAUCAACACACAGGCCAUCUUUGCCAAGCGCUCUGGCAUGAUCAUCCUGGGCGGGGGUGUGGUCAAGCACCACAUCGCCAAUGCCAACCUCAUGCGGAAUGGCGCUGACUAUGCCGUCUACAUCAACACGGCCCAGGAGUUUGAUGGCUCUGACUCUGGUGCUCGGCCGGACGAAGCUGUCUCUUGGGGCAAGAUAAAGGUGGAUGCAGAGCCUGUCAAGGUGAGGGCCAGCCAGCCUGCUGGGAUGUAGGGUCUCCCAAGCUGUAGCUUUGGGUCCCAUGGUUACACACCAUGGGUCCCCUCCACAGGUCUAUGCUGAUGCCUCCCUCGUCUUCCCCUUGCUUGUGGCUGAAACGUUUGCCCAGAAGGUAGAUGCCUUCACGCCUGAGAAGAACAAAGACUGACAGCUGUGGCCCUCCCCUAUUUAUUUGUUUUCAGACUUGCCCCCUCCCCCGCUCCCCGGUCAGCAGCCCACCAGGAAUAAAUGGUCUCGGUGGUCCAGA